AAUGCCGUUGUCGUGGGCUUCAGUUGUGCCAACCGCUCAGUGUGUACCGUUGCUGCCAGUGGGUGUGACUCAAAACAGUGACUGUGACUCCAGCCGUGACUUCCGUGCGUCGGUGUUGUGCGUCCGGUGGCGUAUGCUUGAUUUGUGUGGCGCCCUGGCGUAUGCUUGAUUUUUAAUACGCCGUCUAGGCGAAGUUCUCGCAGUGCAUCCUUGAGGAUAUCAACAGAAGUAACAACAGAAAAAACCACAUCGAAUUGUGCGGCUCCUUUUAAAGUUAACCCACAGAUAUUCUCACACACACGCUGUUGUGUGGUGCGGUGGCUUGUGUGGUAGUGAGGUUGUGCCCGUGUGUGUGUAAUGCGUAUGUAAUCCAAGCAAAUCUGUCACGUGUUUUGGAUAUCUUUUUCUGAGGCCGCCAACGAAGCCCGGGAAUUUAUUGAAAAAUCGCACAAAGAUAAAUGCGCUAAACAAACAAAAACGGAUAACGGCCAAAAUCCAAUCUGAAUCAAAGGGCCAGUGGGAUUUAACCCCAGAGACAGAUGUUGCUGUUCCCCCACGAACGGGAAAAUAGUGAACAUGGCCCAGAGCCAACGGUUAUUGAUGGUCCGAAGAGUGGAAAUCACUGUUGAAGCACUAAGGAACCGAGACGGAAAGAAAUAUUAAACAAAUUAUGAGCAGCACAGCGAUUGUGGGGCAAUAAAAUUGGCCAUAAAAACACAGUUGAUACCGUGCCGAACAGUAAAAGACGAAAACUAUUAUUUGACAAACUGUUAGCGGAGUCACUCGAAAGUAAAAUUGUGAACGUUUGCAGAAAGUCAGUGGGACGUUUUUUUCAAGGAGAGUCCCAAACGUUGGCACACGUUGCGUAUACGCCGCGUUGGCAGUUCCGCAGUUUUCCAGGAGGUGUUAAAUGCGUUCGCAAAUCCCAGCUGGAGCGGUAGCUCCCCCGACCACCGUCCCUUUUGGAUCCGCCACUGGAAGCCAGUAAAAGCCAGUGAAAGUGCCGAGCUGUGCACUAUUUCCGCGUAACUGAACAUUAUCGCUCUCGCUCCCUCGGGGGAGGGGAUGCGCCCCUGGAAAAGUCGCAGUCGAUCCGAAAUGCAAACACUCGAAACGAGAACGCGGCCCCUGCAGGGCGCCCAACUUGCCCAGCUCCUCCUCGGAGGCAUCCUCUGCCUCACAAUCGCAUCCCACACACAGACCUCGGCGGAGGCGGCAGGCGGGAAAGGAUCGGGCUCCGGAGAAGGAGCAGGAGCAGGGACAGCGUCAUCAUCGGCAGCCUCCACCGCCAUCAGCUCCGACGAGAGCGGCGACCCAUCAUCGGCGACCGCAUUCUCCAGCCUGGCCCAAGUGUCCUCGCUUCUGCCGGAGGCAUCCGCCCUGUCGGCGACAUCGGGACUCAAGGAGCCCUAUCUGGACGGCUACGCCACCUCCAAUGUGACCACCCAGAUCGGGACACACGCGUAUCUGCCCUGUCGGGUCAAACAGCUGGGCAACAAAUCUGUGUCCUGGAUUCGCCUGCGAGAUGGACACAUCUUGACCGUUGACAGGGCUGUCUUCAUAGCGGACCAGCGAUUCCUGGCCAUAAAGCAGCCGGACAAGUACUGGACCCUGCAGAUCAAGUAUGUGCAGGCCCGGGAUGCCGGGUCCUACGAGUGCCAGGUCUCCACGGAGCCCAAAGUCAGCGCGCGUGUCCAGCUGCAAGUUGUGGUUCCCCGCACGGAGAUCCUGGGAGAACCGGACCGCUACGUGAAGGCGGGCAGCAACGUGGUGCUCCGCUGCAUCGUGCGCGGCGCCUUGGAGCCACCCACGUUCAUCAUGUGGUACCACGGCGCCGAGCAACUGGCGGCCGACUCCCGCCGCCACCGCACGCAACUGGAUCCCAACCUGCCGGAGGCCUCCGGAGAAGGCCAGAGCACGAUUGGCUCAUUAAUCAUCGAGUCGGCCAAGAAGCGCGAUACUGGCAAUUACACAUGUAGCCCGUCGAAUAGCCCCAGUGCGACCGUAACGCUGAACAUAAUAAAUGGCGAAUCGUCGGCCUCGGCGGUCACCUCAUCGGCAGCCACCACCCGGGCCUACGCCCUCAGCAUCCUGGCUCUCCUACUCAGCGUCAUCAUCAUCGGAGUGGGCCACCGCACAUGACAUGUCACUGCCACCAAGCCGAACUGAAGGACAGGCGCCACAGCAGCUACUAGAAAGUGAGAAGAUGGGAAGCCCAACACUCUGCCAACGUAAAAAAUUUGAUUAAUUUGAUAGACCCCAAUAGCAAAUGCGAGAUGAACAGAGAGAUAAACGUAAUAAUUGAGUGCAUGUUGUAAGCUAGUUGAUUUUAUCCACUAACUAAUAACCAAUACAUAUAGAGGAUGAUUCCGUAAUCCCCGGAUUACCGCUGUCAGUUUCGAGAACCCCGAACCCCAGCUAAUCGUAAGCUCUACCGGCUCUAAGCGAACUAGUUAGUAAGCCCCUAGUCUUAGGCAGACUCCUAACUGACUUUGUUAUGUAGUUUUUGUUUGGGAUUUUCGGUUUGGAUGCGGGGCUCUGUUUUGUGGAAAAUACCGAGUAAGUUUGCAUAAAUGCAUAACCGUAAAUAUUUAUGCAGUCCGAUGUGAAAUUGCAUCGAUAUCCUGAAUCCAUUCGGACCGCAUGUGCGACCCGGGAAGGAAGAGGGAACCGACGGGGUCUGGGAAAUUCCUGCCAUCAAACGAAUGCGUUUUUGGAAAAAUUCAACUCGAAUGCAUUUGCAUGGCAAUUUGAGUCUGGGACAACAUUUGCAGUCUCCUUCCUAUGUGGCGACAUCCUGAACUUUUCAAUUAGCCAUAUCUCCGCACUCCUCGCACACUUUCUCCCCUCUCUCUCACUCACGGAUGCCGGACGAUUUUGAAUAUUUAUUAUUUUUAGCAAAUACCGGACUCUGGUCGGUGACCUCGUUUCUGGGAGAGCAAUAUCCAACUUCCUUUGCCGACGAAUUCGCCCAAAAUUUGUAUACCCUCGAAUAGGCCGUCCCCGGAUUCGGAGAAGUUCUGUAUGAUUUCCAAGGAGUUUAUUUAACAUUAUCUUUGGCAAACAGAACACCCACAAAUAUGAACUUUCCGAUGUAUGUAUGGGCGACAUCGCAAACAUUUGCAUAGCCAAUUUAUGGAACUCUAUUUUAUGUGCUCUUAUCUCACGAACAAGCUCGAAACAUGCGGGAAAAACCAAAAUUCAUAAAAUAAAUAAUUGCGUAAGGAACAAAAAAUUAUAGCAAAUACAUGCAUUGAUCGGAACGGACAUCCAGCAGAAAACAACAGAAAUGCAAACAAAUACAAUUUAAUUGAUAACGAAAGUAAAUUUAUUGAAUUGAGCGGACUGAAUCGCGAACUGUAUAUAACUCUAUUGCGAAAUCGUUCAACAAAAUGUAAAUUAAUUGAAUAUACAAAUAAUAUAAAUGGCAGAAUCCAACCAGAGACGUAUUCCAAACACUAAUGAAUUGCAUUUAAACGAUACAAAUAAAUAUAUAAAAUAAAUAAACAAAUAGCAGGCGGGCAGGAGACAAAGGCGGAAGGCGGCCAAAGAAAUAAAUAAAACGAAAUCAAACGGACAAAAUGUAAACAUCAUGUGCAUCGCGAACCCGCAGGCCCGGCUCGUAUUUAUUUAUCCACUUAACGUCCUUUUUAAUUACACACACUCCCGAUCCACGGCAAAUCCCAUAAAAAUCGUCUGAAAUUAAUUAAAGUUGUCCUUGCUCCCUCUGCUCCGACGUGGAAAUUGAGGCUGCAGCGUCAACUUAAUUGCAAUUAGGUGCAGGCCGCACACACCCAUCCUCCCGCCCAAACAAUGCCCUCAAAGCGGCAUUAAUUAUGUGUGCGAAUCUCCCAAGGCGCCGUUUGUCACACCCUGCGUAUACUUGAUGCGCUGGCCUUUGAGCGUUUAACGAAUUGAUCCUGGGCCAAGUAGACCGCAAGCAGCUGUGAGCAAAUGCAAACGCAAACACUCUCAGCAGAUGGGCGAGAAAAAAGCCACGGAAAUAAAUUUCUGCGGUCAAUAUUACAGCGGGGGAGGGCAGGAGGGGGUUAAUUUAACAGGGAUUCUUUUCACGGGUGUGGACAAUUAACACAUUCCGGCUUGCAUGCAUCAAACGCUCGCGGUCUGCGGCUAACCGCCUUUGAGCCCUCCACCCACUCCCACUUUCACCCAUCCCCUGACACUUAACUUUCAGCCUUUUAUUUGCCCGCCAAAAAGCCACCAACAACCCAUUGGACACCCCAUAAAACUGAGUGUGGAAACAAUGAAACUUUGUUAGACUUAAGCGGCGUAUAUGACCAUAGCAAGUACUAUACAAAUCGAAAUCAAAAUACAUUUCUAAGCUCUUAAGUGUUUUUCAUUAAAUCGAUUAACGUAUAGACGCCAUACGUGUAAUUAUCAACACCCCGAAUAAUUGUAAAUAAAUCGCAUUACACGCAAACGUCCCGGAAUCGCAGCGAGGUGUGGACAUUACUUUUUAAAGACAGACACUCGAACUCACGUGUACUCAUGAUAUAGCAAAGUUUAUUGUUAAGUACCGACUAAUAACGAAAGGAAAUACUUACACAUACAUAUGUAAACGAAACUAAGAACUAUGUGAAACUUUAACUGACAAAUUUAUUGCAUUACAUACAAUAAAAUAAUAAAAUUGAAUAA